ACAAAUCUAUGCUGAAGCCUGUAUGCAUGCUACAAUCACAAGCCGCCUUCACAUUUUCCACCGAGCGAAGUCCACCCAGCCCUGACAGCUGACAACACAGCGUCGCGCAUAGAGCCUUUCGCAAGUGUUUGCGCAUUCCACGACAACUAUUAGCCUUUACAAGUCUCUCAAAGCACCUGGCCGUGCUAGUGUUUCCUGAGAAUGGCCGAUGAGGGACCGUCAACGUCUGGGGACGUGCGCUUCACUGUUCCCACACGCCUAAAGCUGAUUGUGACCGAGGGGCCUUGCGAGGGACAGAUUUUUGACGCCGCAGAAAUGGACGCCUGUUUCCUGACGCUCGGGCGGACAAAGAAAACCAAAAUCCACCUGAAGGAUGACUCCAUCUCGGAGAAGCACGCCGAGUUCGCAUGGACUGGGAGCCACUGGACGGUCACAGACACGUGCAGCUCCAACGGCACCCGAGUGAAUGGGGCCAAGCUCAAACCAAACGAGCCGCACGUGCUAAAGGCGGGUGAGCACGUGGCGCUGGGUGAUGAGACCAUCAUGACCGUGGAGCUGUCGCAGCAGUCGCUCGCGAACGUGUCACUGGAAUGGCUGAUGCGGGCGCACUUCGAGAGCAGCUGCCAGGGGCUGGAGGCUGGCGGCGCGGACAAGGCGCGGGAGAUGGUCCGCCGCUGCCACGAGGCCCUGGACUCGCUGAUGGACCCGGCGGCGGCUGUAGCGCCCGCGGCCGCAGCCACGGCGGGAGGGAAGUAGCAGGAGCAGGAGCACUAGCUGGCCCCACAGUUGCUGCGUGCUUGCCAUGCUGAUGGCUGGGCUGGAACGAAACCCACUCAACUGUAAUGGAGGCACCCGGCAUCUUGGAGCGCAAAUGUCAGCUACCGUGUUUCAAAGUGGCUGGAAGGAGUUUGGCGCGCCCGCAUGCGUGUCUUAGGUAACGCUGAGGCUGCGCAGAUGCGCUGAGUUGUGGCAGGCGGUGGCACGUCGCACGCAAUCAUCAUGUUACAGGCAGGCAGGGCAUGGCAGCAUCGCAGUCCACACCACAUGUGGCACGCAUGGGUUGAGGCACCGCAUGGUAUGUACGUGCACCAAAGAGGGGCUGCAGAGUUGCAGCUCGCAUUCUACUUUCCUCUCACACCAACUGGACUACUUGCUUUGCAUGCCAUGUCACAUCGUGUCUGACAAACAGCUCAUAUGCGCCGUUCGCAUGGAUUAGCAGACAUGCGCAUGCAGGCAAUGAUAUGUAGUGUGGUAUGCGAUGAAUGGUGCGCAGUUAUGGCAAUCCACCUAGCAAGUUCAUGAGUGAGUAUUGAUGGGGAUGAUCUCUCGUAUGAGAAUAGGUUAUUAUGGGGGUGAUCUGUACAUGUGAGGAAUGCGGCUGUACGUGAAUCAUCAGACCGGCAGUAACAUACGGCAUUAUGCACAUCACAAUGCCCAAAUUGCAGCGAUGUGGACCUAUGUAUGGCUGGUGUCACAUGAACAUACUAUGUACGGUGCGACAAGUUUCCACCACUGGCACGCACGCCGCACGCCGCACGGGUGACGCUAUCUCGUCCUCGACCCAGAUGUAGCACACUAUAUGCAAGCUU